AUGACUGCCGUACCUGCCGCCGACGGCCCGGCGAUGCCCCUCGAUGUGCCAAGCUUGUCAGAAGCGCACGAAUGGCUGUCCGAGAAGGCACAACUCAGCGCUAAGAAUGGUUCCCUCCCCAAGACUGCUCUUCUUAGGGGCAGUGUCUGGGCCAAGAUCACCGCGGUGAUGAGGUCUGCCUUCAUCUUUUCCCUCAGCAUGGGAGCCAUCUACUUCGUCUACGUGCUCUUCCUGUCGCCUCAAGCCAGCCAAAGAAAACCCGUCUUGCAACUCGACACAGCACUGGCUGACACUUCCGCCCCUAGUGGCCUGGACAGCGAUGACUACGAGGACGAAGACGACUCAUCUCCUGCGUCCGGCUUCCUCGGCAACUCCAAGGAGAGGCUGGCGCUUCGCAACCUGCUUGGUCGCAGUGAUCACAACAAACGCUCCAGCAUCGUACGAAUUACUUCUUCCGACCCCACCAGCAGCCUCUGCGAGCAUCCCAUGCAGGUCGACCUCGAGCCCAAUGCGCGUCGCUCCUUCUGGCCAGCACCUGCCUCGAAUGCAUCUCCUUCCGACUCGAGCAACCCAAACAGCCCCGUCAUCUCGUCGCCGAAUCCUAACGCUGUCGGUCAACGCUCAUCCUCGAGCUCCCCUUCUCCUUCCAAAGCAAGGCGGCGCAAAGAGAGCGGCAGGCUUCACAGUGCCAGUCCCAGUCGGUCCCCGCUCAGCUCCAGCGGUUCCCUCCCUAGUCGCCCACAGCGCAUGCGUCCGGUCGAUGCUCGAUCGCCUCUGGGUCGCACCGCUUCCGGCAGAAACAAGAGGAACAGCACCCUCAGUCUCGUCAGCAACACGACAGACGACUCUUCCGGUCCUAUUUCGCAGGAUCCGGCCACAGAAGACAUUCUGAUGCAGGGCACACCUGGUGACGCUUUGUCGAUCGGCAGCGAGGAGGAUCUACGCCCAGGCACACCGAGCAUGGCAUCCGAAAACUCUUCCGUCUCAGCAGCACUAGGUCAUAACCCUACAUCGGCCGAUUACAUUGACGUCGAGUCCAUGUCUUCAGCAUCCCCUUCGCCAACGUCCAGCACCUUCUCAAUUGGUCGCGCACCAUCCAUCCUCAAACGCCGCCCGCAGAGCUUCCGCACCGCAUCGUUGCGGGAGAUCGACAUCUCGCACAGCCUGACGCAGCGCCAGAACUCAUUACCCGUCAUCGACGGCCUGAGUCCUGUCGCCAGUCCAGGUCUGACGCCGUUGCAACAACAAGAGCUGUUGCAGGCGAGUGGCAUCUUUCUGCCUUUCGGGCCCGGAUCCCCUGCACCCCCGCCGUACCAGCCUUCUUCCCCGGACAUGGGCUUCGGCUCCACAUUGCCCAUGGUAGAGACGUCGUGGUCCCGAUUCAAGAAGACGCGAAGCAUCAAGCUCGUUGAACCUGACUGGAUCCCGCAUCUCGAUUCUCACAUCCGCGCUCGCGAGCGUCUCGAGACUGCGACGCGUUUCGCGGCGAUGAAGGAACACAGCAGCGCACACAGUGUGGCAGAUGACGAUGCCAAAUACGAGCAGGACAGCCUCGACGCCGACGACUUCUGGUUCGAGCGCUUCACGCAGAGCACAGCGGCGGCUGGCAGGGAUUGGGACUGGAGGAAGAGGAGGGCGAGGUUGCAGCGGGCAGCUGCCCUUGGCAUGGCGCUCGGUCAGGGUGGUUUCGCGCCUCCUGUCGGUGCCAAUCAGCCUGGAAAUGUUGGCUUGACGGACGUUCAGCUCCAGCAACAGCAGCAAGGCGGUGCACCCAUGCCAGCUGCACAAGCUGCCUCCUCAGUUCGGAAGCAGAUGCCUGCAGCGCCGUUGAUAACGUUCACGGAGCAAGAGCUCAAGUCAGCGCCAAUGCUGCAGGUCGACACCGAGAGCGGACGACGUGGGCUGCCGCGCGGCAGCAGCGAGGCCUUGCGAAGUCCGCCCCUGCAGCAAAUUGGCACGCCCUUGAGCCCGACACCGACCGGGACAGGCACGCCGCUGGGCGGUUUCUUCGAAGCAGGCGGGCCUUCAGCGAACAGCAUCAAUGUCGUGCUGGCUGCGCGCGCUGCCCAGCGCCGACGUGCGAGUGCAGACGCGGGAUCUUCGCAGCCCAAUGCUGCCAAAAGAAACAUGGUCAACAAGAUCACCCGUCGUACGCUCUCUGCUUCCGCUAGCGGCGGUUUUGCCGCCUCUUCGGCGGACGGAAGCACUUACACGGCACUGGGCGCGGAAGAUUUCGGCGACUCGUCCCCAUCCCCUCUGUCGAAUGGCUCCUCUCACUUCAGACACAGCAGCGAGCAGAGUCGUCCUUUCACUUACGAAGCCGGUCCCAGCUCGCCGUCUGGUAUGUCGCCGAGCGGUAGCGUGCCUGGCAGGCUGACCAGCUUGGGCGGGGCGAUGACGAGAAACGUCAGCCUGACAAAUCUCCGGGCUGGUCUGCGAAAGGGCUCGGGAUCUGGUGCGGCGGGCAACGACUUCUUGCCGGACUCGACAGGGAUCGAGCUGGUGCCCGACUCGCCCGAUCUGCGUUCGAACGCAGAACUCGGCGGCGCUCCGUACCAAGAUGACGAGAUGGAAGGCCCUCGAAGUAGCGCAGACAUGUACAGCUCACGAUCCUCGGAGCCACCGCCGUUGUCUCGCCCCUCAGCUGGGAAACGUUCCGACUCGUACCAACGCUCCACCGAGCCAAUACAAGAAGAGCCACGAACGCGCAAGUCGCUACCACCGCUCUACCGCAACGGCUCGUCGUUCACGCGCCAAGCCUCUGCGCCCCUCCCUUCGAUGCACCACGAUGACGUGAUGGAAGAACUCACGCACGACGUCGACCGAGACUCGCUCAAAGCCGACACGCGCGCCCAAUCGUCCGACUCGCUGCGUCGCCGCAUGCGCGCCCGCUCACAAACCGAAACCGCCAGCUUCACAGACGACUUCGCCCCGCGCACCAUCACUGCGCGCAAGGACGGCCUGGCGUCGCUCUCCGCCGGUUCGUCGCCGCCCUCCGCCAAGACGAGGGCGAGAACCGGAUCGCGCUCGUCCAUCAUGCGCAGCGCCUCCGGUGCCACUGCGGACCUCGGGCGCAAUGCCCGGCGUCGGUCGUCGAUCCGGAGCGGCGGAUCAGACACGUCGUCCAUCGGUAGCGUGGGCUCCCGGCAAAGGCGCGAGGGCAGUGCAGGAACGCCAGAUCCGCAGCUGCAACCGGAACCGGCGCCAAGAGGCAUGGCGCAGCGAGCAAGGAGUGCAAGUUUGAGCAGCAACGGUUCCGGAGGGAGUAGCAGGAAGGGGAGUUUUAGGGAGGCGGCGGGAUUGGGGAUGACGAGCAGCGGACCUGGGACGCCGGGCAGUGAAGCUGGGGAGAGAGGGAGUGGUGUGAACGGGGUGACCAUCUGA